AUGGAUCCUUUCCACGACAAAGCGGGCAACGAGCGGAGGGCUUCCCUCAGGAUGUCGGCCAGGGCCUCACUCGUGACCGACGACGGUGAUGACUACGCUUUGGCGGCCAUGGGUAUUUCUGAUGGCUUCCGCCCAGCCAACCUGUCCGCCGCACACCAACCCAUCACCUCGACCACAAAUCCUUCGACUGGCUCGGCGGUUGUGUCACGAGACUCUCCCGUCCCUCAGCGUGUCACUCCUGCCCGACCCUCGAGCAUCGCGAAGCCCCCACGCUCCCACGAUCCACUGGCUCUCCGUCACGAUGGCUCGACAUCUCAGUCAAACGAGGCGCCCAUCUCCCGCGUUUCCAGCACCUCAACCGACUCACCAAUCAUUCGAUCCGAGAGUCCGUACGAAGGACCUUCGGGACCGUCCCAUCCGUAUCAGAUGUACCCGCAACGGACAAACAGUGUGGCAACUUCUACCACUGCUCGCAUGUCCGAACGCUCGUAUGCAGGACCUCGUGGGCCAACCCAUCCAUACACGCUUUACACGCAGAAUACCGUUCCUGUCGACACAAACGAGGGUGACAAUAUCCCCGUGGGGUUUGCGGGGCGUGCCGACGGCUAUCAUCGACGUAUCGGUCCUGAAGGGGAGGAAAUUGCUGACCUGAUCGGCCCCUUGGGACACACGGAAGAGCUCCCACCAUACACCAGGUAUCCCGAGCAAGCGUAUACGAGGAAGCAUACGGGCGAGCCGCAAUCGACCCCAGGGCAGCAGUCACAACAAGACGAGCAGCAGCAACGACACCAGUCGCCCGCGCCCCAGCAACAGCAAUCGCAGCAGCCUGCCAUCGCUGGCAUGGCCGCCUCAGUCGCCCCUAUUCCUGGCGCAGGCGGCCUCGGGCUUGCUACCCGCAACCCAGAGUUCGAGUCGCGAGAGGACCUUCGCUUGCAACCUUCCCGAAUGUCAUCCCGGACACUUACCUCAGAUACUGCCAGUCAGCACGAAAUCAACACCGCCGCCGAGAUUUACGCCGAGAAGGGCGUAGCCGAGCCCGACCGAAAGUGGCAAAGAAGGGCAAAGAAGCGUUUGUUUGGUGUGAUUCCUUACUGGGCCAUCUGCUUACUGGCAGUCGGAGUGGUGAUGAUGGGCAUCAUCUUGGGUGCUGUCAUUGGUACCUUCUUCGCCAAACACAAGAAGCCGCCGGGGAGACAUCAGGACGAUGAGCCGAUCCCGCUUGUCAUUCCCACGGCUACCGUGGAUAUCAAACCCCUGGCUACACUACCGCCAGACCUUCCAGCUAUGGAAAUUGGCACAUUCGGUCUGCCGCCUCUGAUUGCGAGCCAAGCCCCAAGUACAUGUUUCAACGACACCACACAGUCACAAGCCUGGACCUGCAACAUCCCCUUUACUAGCUACGUUAUGGGCGUUUCCCGGAUCGCCAACGAACUACCCAUCUCCGACUACACCUUGAAGCUUACCACAUUUAACGACAGCGACGACAACACUCGAGUUAAUAUGUUCUCCUGGGGUACCCAGCCGCCUGUGAUUAUUGAUCCCCUGAAGAUGCGACUUGCCGUGGCGCUGCGUGGUUUGCUCAGAUGA